CGUGACCUUUGCACGACGUGAAUCUCACACGCCUCCCUCUCCGCCUGGCCACCAGUGCCACAGGUGCCCACCUUUGCUACCCUCUGGCACCCAUCAACCAUGGACUCGAAGUCCACGCCGCCGACGUCGCCCAUGAGCGGCCACCCGCACCGCCCCUCGAUCGCAAACGUUCUGCGCACACCGAGGAGCUCUAGUCGCCUGAGUCUUGGAGGUCGUCUAGGAAGCAGUCGUGCCUCGGACGAAGACUCCAAGACGGCCGUCAAAGUUGCUGUCCGCGUCCGCCCUCCCCUCCAACCCUCCGACCCGGGCUACGAUCUCAUCCCCCAGAGGUUCCGCGCCUCCACUUGCGACGUCUCUUCUGCCACCAAUCUCGCCAUCCAAUCGACCCAGGGAAAGAAGUUGUUCGUCUUUGACCGUGUCUUCGGUGAGGAGACAAACCAGCAAGGAAUCUGGGAUUAUGUUAGUGACAGCGUCAAUUCCUUCAUCCAGGGCUACAAUGUCUCCAUCCUGGCCUAUGGUCAAUCCGGCGCCGGAAAAUCGUACACUAUGGGCACUGAUGGUGCCGGUGACGCUUUCGACCCCGUCCACGCUGGUAUCGUUCCUCGCGCCGCAAUCGCCCUUUUCGAGAAACUCAACGACUCUCCAAUGCCCUUGGCUCCCAUGACCCCAAGCAAGUCAGGCAUUCGCUCCCCCGCCCGCUACUCUGUCUCGGCAGUCUCGGCUCUUUCGAACAUGCACCGACAAUCAAGCAGCGACAAAUCAUGGACACUCACAGCCACCUACGCCGAAAUCUAUAACGAGCAGCUUCGCGACUUGCUCAUUCCCAGCAGUGUACCCGAGGCCGAUCGUCCGCAGGUCUCGAUUCGCGAAGAUACAAAGGGCCGGAUCCUUCUUACAGGUCUGACCCAAAAGCCCAUCCAUUCGACCGAAGAUCUUCUGGAAGCUUUGAGCUUUGGCUCGGAUAUUCGCCAGACUGACUCGACCGCCAUCAACGCAAAAUCCUCGCGCUCCCACGCCAUUCUCAGUCUGAACCUCAUUCUGAAAAGGGGCCCGGCCGUCAACAGGCGUGCCUCUGUUCAGGUUGACAAUUCGACUGCACAGGCGAACGUUUAAAGAAUACAGGUGCUCAGGGCGAUAGAGCGAAAGAGGGUAUAUCAAUCAAUGCCGGUCUCGCUAGCCUGGGGAAGGUCAUCUCGCAGCUGUC